AGUUCCUCGGGUCCCGAAAUUCGUGGUUGUGUUGAUCUUCCGGUGCAGAUCGGUUGAUCCGUCACACUAAGCACCACUGUCUUUCAAGGCCGGGCUCCCCGACCCGUUGAAGCCACUGGAAGUAUCCAAGUUUAUCGAGAUGACCUUCCACACGAGGAAAUACCUACAGAUUGCAAGAUUUCAGAAAGACAUCACAUUGGAUCUGUUGGGAUAGGUUCGCCUUGUUAUUGACGUAACCCCAGCUUUUCAGUCGCCGCACAUCCUGGUCAAUUUUUAUGUUCAGCAUGACCACUGACGUGGGGUUUGCGAUGGUGAUGGGCGACACGAGAACAUAAACGGGUUUAGUCACGGAAGAUUGUCAUGAAGUCGGAGAUAUCUCGAGUUACUAUUCGAGCCGUUCUCAUGUUAUUAAUGAACCUCUCUUUUCUGAUAAUCUUUUCUUUGCCUGUUGAAUCGCGAUUGAUCGCCAACUGAUACUCAUUAGAUCGCCCGGAUGGGCUCCGAUGACCCCCACGUAUCAGCACAUCCUCCCCGCUCAACACAACGCUUGCAGGAACAGUAACAGUUCCCAUUCAAUAACCGGUGGUCAAAAAAACCCGGGUUACAUCCAAUAUCGUCCGAGUACCUCACCAUCAUUUGUCAGCAGCUGUUCCUGAAACAACUCUCUCCAAUGAUGGCUAACACAACUAAGAUAUACGAGACAAAGGGAAUGUUAUUACAUUAAUGAUCACCCUCAGAGCCCAGGUUAUCGCAGAAGCUUAUACCGCUGUCAGCCGUUCUGAUUAAGCAUAGUUGUAGAAGAACGACCCAUAUAAAAUCAUCCUCUUGUUAAUCACUGCGUCAAAAUGAGGGCUAGCAUUCAACUCCUGUUAAGAGUGUCGCAUAUAGAACAGAUAUGCCUUGCUUUCUACGUCGUCCAAUUAAUGGCUUUAUUUCAAAGCCCUUGUUGGCAUAUGAGUUCCCAAUUGGUGAGCCUGCAUACUUGGAGUCAGCUGAAUCUCGAGCGGCUGAACCCAGCCUGUUCAGGCUCUCGCAUGUCAGCAUUGAACCUGGGCAAGCUUCCUCAAUCAACUCAUUAAGCUAAUGCCUAGAAUGCCUCCAGCUACACCCCGUCGUCCGAAGAGCCGCGAUGAUUUCGAGAUCGCCAUCAUAUGUGCCCUGACUCUCGAGGCCGAUGCCAUCAUUGCCGCAUUUGAUCACUACUGGGAUGAGGAUAGCGGCCUCUCCUUUGGAAAAGCGCGGGGUGACCCGAACUCAUACUCAGCGGGCAUCAUUGGAAGUCAUAAUGUGGUGUUAGCACACCUUCCAGGCAUGGGAAAGGUUGCAGCAGGAAACAUUGCAGCCUUCUGCCGCAUGAGCUUUCCCAACAUCAACCUCGCACUUGUAGUUGGCAUCUGCGGAGGUGCGCCAUUACAUGAAGAUACGCCAAUAUUACUUGGCGAUGUCAUUAUCAGCACUGGCGUUGUGCAGUAUGAUUUCGGCCGCCGCUUCCCCGACAGAUUUGAGAUGAAAGAUACUUUGAGCGAGAGUGUGGGAAGACCUAACUUGGAGAUAAGAAGUCUGCUAGCCAAACUGGCCACAGCACGGCAAAGUCAAAAGUUGAGAAGAGCUACUCACGAUAUCAUUGCCCGUGUUCCUGAUGCAUACCCUGGACGUUCGAAGGAUGUCCUGUUUCCUGCAGGCUAUCGACACAAGCAUCAAGACGCACUAGAGUGCUCUGUCUGCGCCUCUUGCUCCACAGAUGCUGACACCGUCUGUUCAGAGUCACUGAAGGCUACAUGCAAAGAACUUGGGUGUGACAGCAAACAAGCCCUACGUCAGAUCCCAAGUAACGAGAACGAAAGGGAACCUAGCUUGAAGAUACAUUUUGGGACAUUCGCCUCUGGGGAUACUGUGAUGAAGUCUGGGAAAGACAGGGACCAACUCAUACGACAGCAGAAAGCAAUAGGCUUCGAGAUGGAGAGCGCUGGAGUAUGGGAGGUAUUUCCCUGCAUCGUAAUCAAGAGUGUUUGCGACUACGCCGAUAGCCACAAGAACAAGGACUGGCAAGACUAUAGUGCUUUGUGUGCUGCAGCUUGUACCAAAGCAUUUCUUGAAUAUUGGAACUUCACAAAACGGGGUAUUGAUUUCGGAGCUGAGAAAGAGGAACUUCGAAAGCGUAUUCUGAAAAGCCUUCACUUUCCAGAGAUGAAUGAAAGGAGAUCCCUCAUCUCCUCAGAGGCCCCUUCCACAUUAGAUUGGAUAUUUGGUGGCUCUCACCCUCAAACUUUUGAAUUCGAAUCAUCAGACAAUGAGGAAUCGGACAACGACUUGAUAGGAGCCACUAUUGGGUCGACAGACGAGGAUUCUGAUCCCGAAGAGUACAGUGACGAAGGCGGCGGCUCUUCCGAUUCUCAUGAAAAGCGCCACCAGGGUCCCAAGCUUGCGGGCGUAGAGAAAGAAUCACAAGAAUAUGAAACUCCAGAGCCUUCUCUUGCAAAAGAUUACGAGGAUUAUUUCAAGACAUGGCUUACAUCUGACGAGCCGAUUUACUGGAUAAGCGGAAAGCCUGGAUCAGGGAAAAGCACAUUGAUGAAGUUUCUUCUGCGCGACCCAAGAACUCUCGCGGCAUUAAAGAAAUGGCAUAAAGAUAUAGUCAUUCUGUCUCAUUUCUUUUGGAAGCCAGGAAGCUUUAUGCAACAGUCUUUCAAGGGGUUAAUGUGCUCUAUCGCCUACCAACUAUUAUCACACGACCUCAAUCUCAUCGAUUAUCACAGCGAGACAACUUCCAUAUCGCAAAAAGCGUCACCCUCAGAUUGGGAUCAAGACCAACUAAGAAAAUUGCUAUACAGCUACCGGGACCAGACGUCUCAGAAAAUUUGUAUCUUUAUUGAUGCUUUAGACGAAGCACGUCCAGGACAAGAUACCUUAGACGCUUUACAAUUCAUUAAGACUAUGAUAUCUCCAAAGGUCAAAAUCUGCGUAUCCAGUCGUCCAGAGCCUUUGUUUAAACAACAGUUCUCAGGACACCCACAUCUGCAAAUGCACCAGUUAACGAAGUUCGAUAUCUUCCAGUACUCCAGGAAGACUUUAUGUCAGUCGACAAAUCUAGAGCCCCAAACCCUAAAUUUGUCGCAUUUGGCUAAGAAAGUUGCGGAACUAGCUGACGGUGUCUUCCUGUGGGCUGUACUGGUCACGCAGUCCUUAGUUCGGGGAUUGAGCAACGGAGAUUCUGAGCAGCAGAUCAAUCAGCGCCUGGGCAGUAUGCCAAAAGAUCUUAUGGCUUUGUAUCAUGAUAUUCUGAGACGUUCAGCCGAGGAUCUACUGAUCUAUCGAGAAUACGUAUCCAUGGCUAUUAACCUGAUGUUCAUCGCGUCUGGCAGGAGGUCGCUCUUCUCUCAAGUGACAGCUUUCGAGUGCAUGAUGGUCAUGGAACCAGAAUUGCUAGAAAGUUAUGCCGUCCUGGGCAGCCAAGUUCUAGCGGCCUAACUGGACACAAGGUCGGUAUUAAUGGAGAAGCGUCUGAACUUAGGCUGCCCUGGAAUCCUGGAGGUCACAUCCUUGGGCGGCUCCGUUGAAUUCACUCAUAGAUCUGCUGCGGAAUUCAUCUUUGAGACUGAAGAAGGCCAGAAACUCUGGCAACCUUGCGACAUUCCUCGAGAAGAGCUUUUGUGUCGGAGUUUCAAGGCUCUACUGGCCAUAAACCGAUUCAACACGAGACGGAGCUCUGGGGACUUUUUAAUUAUGCUAUAUGAAUGGAAACAAGCUCAAAGGUUCCCUCCUAGGAUCUACGUGUUCUUCCUCGAACUUACCUAUGUAAGCUACGAGAAGGGAUUCAUACCUCCUUACCCGUCGAACCCAUUUAAUGAACUUGACCCCAAAAGCGAUAUCGCGCGUUCUAUUCUGAACGACAUACGCGAGAACCCUUAUGUCUUAGCGUUGAAUGUUACGGUUGAUCUUGAAUCUUCUACCUUGCACGACACGGUUUGUUGCAUUCUUGAUCUGCUUUGCGAUGCACAUUUGAUGUCAGGAAGAUUCAAACCGGAUAGCUUUGGGCCCAUGGAAUACAUCUCACGCAUCUUCGAACAGGGUUACAAUCCAAACUGGACCAUGCCUAGAGCUAUUAUGGGUUGCCCCAUCGGGAGUCUCUGGUUUAGAUCACUAAUAUCGACCCUCAAAUGGCUAAUGAGACAAAGAAACCAAAUCUACCACAAACCUAGACUGGUUGCUGCUGUCAUGGACAUCUUCCAUGCUUUCCGUCGAGCGGGCGCUCAUAUGGCAGCAAAAUUUCCUAUCUAUUUAGAAACGCAGGCCUCACGAUAUCGUAUCGACACAUGCUUCCGUCCAGCAGAUGUCCUCACUCCAGAAUCCGGUCAUAGUCUUCAUGGGCAAGGUAGCUUCAUGAUCAUUGAGAUAGACGCGAGAACUCUGAUGGAUUAUAUUCUGAGUUGGACAUACCAAGACACUAGGCUUUUGAGACGAUCUACGAAUUCUGGAACAGCAGCCCGUAUGAAAGUGCUUGCUUUCGGUACUCCGAGGAGCAGGCAUAUUCACAUCGUUGAGUCUAAGACGGUCUCGGCCCGGCUUGUAGUGGCUGCUGAAGCGGUUUUAGCUUUCUGCCAGCCUGUUCCUCUAAGUCCAGAAGAUUGGCCAAAGGAGAUCCUAGACAAGUGCGAUAGAGAGAUGGUAGGGUUGAGUUGGUGCUGUACUCAAACAGAUAUGGAUUAUUUAUGGAAUGGUUAUCGAAUAUGGUCGCCACCACUCUAAUGAAGAUAUUGGUUCUCAAAACCAAGCCAAGUUCUUUUUGAUUAUUUAAGUUCUCAGCCACAAGUCUCAAAUGCCAAUAACGCAUAAAUCAUCACUUUAAUAGGGCUUUUGACGCUUGGCCUUGGUGAAAAAUCUUGAAUUCAUUACCAGACUUAUAACCUAUCUUAUACUUCCAGCCCUGGUUAGGACGACCAUUCCAGGGUUGCUUGCACUCCUAAUUCUCAUCAUUUAUGACCAGUAUUCUUACC